CGGACAGCCGGAGCAUCGUAGACCAGCUAGCUGGUGCUUGCGAGAUUUUGCAAGGGUUUCUUUCUUUCUGGACCAGAGAGGAGGAGGAGGGAACGUCGCCAGGCAUGGCAUCUGAGGGCAAUAAACUUUAUGAAGGAAGGCUGGUGGGACGCACUGACCCCAUCCUGGAGAAGCUGAACUCUUCGAUAGCAGUGGACCAGUGCUUGUCGGAAGUUGACGUCCGUGCAAGCAUCGCUUAUGCCAAGGCUCUGGAGAAGGCUGGGAUUCUAUCCAGAGCCGAACUGGACAAGAUGAUCAGUGGGCUCGAGAAGAUUUCUGAAGAGAUUUCCAAGGGCACUCUGGUGAUCGCCAAAACAGAUGAGGAUAUCCAUACUACCAUUGAGCGCAGGCUCAAGGAGCUGAUUGGUGAUGUGGCUGGAAAACUUCACACCGGAAGAAGCAGAAAUGACCAAGUUGUGACUGACUUGAGGAUGUUGAUGAGGAACUCCAUCACGAUGCUGUCCAGCCACCUGCAGCAGCUCAUCUGGACCCUGGUGGAGCGCGCUUCUGCAGAGAUUGAGGUGAUCCUUCCCGGUUACACCCACCUGCAAAGGGCUCAGCCAAUCAGAUGGAGCCAUCUCUUGCUCAGCCACGCCGUUGCUUUGACCAGGGAUUCUGAGCGUCUCAUUGAGAUUAAGAAGAGGAUCAAUGUCUUGCCUUUGGGAAGUGGGGCUCUUGCUGGCAACCCAUUUGGCCUGGAUCGUGAGCUUAUUUGUAAAGAACUCGAUUUUGCUUCCAUCAGCAUCAACAGCAUUGAUGCGGUGAGCGACCGGGACUUUGUGGUGGAGUUCCUGUCCACUUCUUCCUUGAUCAUGAUCCACCUGAGCAAAUUAGCCGAAGACCUAAUCCUCUUUUCCACAAAGGAGUUUGGAUUCAUCACUCUCUCAGAUGCCUUCUGCACCGGGAGCAGCCUGAUGCCUCAGAAGAAGAAUCCGGACAGCCUCGAAUUGAUCCGCAGCAAGGCCGGCCGUGUAAUUGGCCGGACUGUUGGAAUUCUGAUGGUCCUGAAAGGACUCCCCAGUGCCUAUAACAAAGACUUGCAGGAAGAUAAGGAGGCCGUGACGGAUGUGAUUGACACCCUGAGUGCAGUGCUGCAGGUCACCACAGGUGUGAUCUCCACUCUCCAGAUGAAUAAGGACACCAUGGAGAAAGCAUUGAGCCCCGAUAUGCUAGCUACGGAUCUUGCCAACUAUUUGGUCCGCAAAGGGAUGCCGUUCAGACAAGCCCACACGGCCGUUGGCAAGGCAGUCCACUUAGCUGAGAACAAAGGAGUGACUCUUAACCAUCUAUCUGUGGAGGACCUGAAGAGCAUCACCCCCAUGAUGGGGAGCGAUGUCUCCCAGGUGUUCAACCAGCAGAGCAGUGUGGAACAGUACAGCUGCCCUGGCGGGACGGGCAAGGGCAGCGUCCGUACACAGAUCGAGCAACUGAAGGAACUCCUGAAGAAGCAGAGAGAAUAAGCUUUUGCAUUGGAACGGUCCCUUUGCUGUGGGUUUUGCUGAUCACGUUUAAUCCUGAGUUAAUAAAACACAGUGAUGGUUGAA